AUGCAGUCGUCUCGGGUAUACAACGAGCCGCAUAUCCAACAACCAGGCCCACCACCGUUUCCUUUUAGCGAGUUUGACGACUCGUCUCUAUCCUACAACCCCCCUCCUUUUCCUCUCGAUUUGCAGCCCAAUUCUGCAUCUCUGGGAGUGGAAAAUCUCUUUUAUCCACCCCAGCCCUCAGGUUCCGAGUCUAUGAGCUUCUUCUCGCGCAACGAACAAGACGACAUGCUCGAUUUUCUCAGAGAUUUCGAUACUCAAGACGCCUGGGAGUUCAAUCCCAUCCUACCUUCACGAAUGCCCUC